GCCUCUUGACACCCUUUCUCUUUUUUUGUUUUUAUUCUAGUGUUGCACCUGUGCUUGACUGUCAGGACUGAGUGCCAGCGCCUCCCCAGGAGGGGACAACAGCUCUGUGACAAAGGUCCCUGGACACAGCCCUGCCGGGACCCCCAGAUGUCCAACCAGGAGAGGCAUGGAGGAAAGCUACGAGACUUUUGAAGAAGAGCUAGGACGGUCGAGAGAAGAUUUUCCUCCGCGGAAGCCCGUUCGACAACACCCAAGACCAGCUGGUCAGGUUUCGGGGGGCAGCAGCCUAAGCAGGGAAGCCCAGACUUUCCUCUCCUCAGCCACUUUGUCCAGCACUUCCCAGGGGAUCCCGAGGGGUUCCCAGGCCAGCCGAAAUGUACAUCAGCAGGAAAGUUAGAGAGGAAAUGUCUGCAGCUCCUCAGCAACCAAAAAUAGAGCCAAAGACCUUACCGAGGGAACCGAGCGCUCCCAAGAAACUUCCUUUACAUAAAAGCACAUCCAUGCAGAAUGUGAGCCAGAGUGAAACACCGUGGGAAAACGUCACACUCAACCGCUGUCUGUUUGUGGCCAUCACCAUCCUGGUGCUCACUUCAGGGAUGCAGAGACUUCACGAGGCUCUGCGUGGUCGGGAGGGCACGGAAGAGGAGGAAAAGGUGGAAUUGACUGAGGGACAUCCAUCCUCAUUACCACACAGAGGAAAACCACCACAGCAUGAGACAACGCUAUGGGAAGUUUUUUUUUGGUGGCUGCCAGACCUUGACAAUGAUGUUGGGAAACGACAGGAGAGGAAGGGAGGUCUCCGAAACAAACCAGUCCCAGACAAAAAACUCAUGAAACAUCGAGAGGGGACAUUAAAGAGCAGAAGAGCCAACAAAAGCAAACGUCAACAGGCUAAAGACAAGAGCAAAAUGGAAGAAUUGAAGACACCGGAGGAGGAAAAAGAGGAGGUACCUGACACUAAGACACGGGAAAAGAAAAAAGCGACUCAAAAAGGAUGAUUUGUCUUUCUUGGUGUCGACAAAUUGUUGCGGUAUUGCCCACAACUUCUUAUGAAUAUAGCUUAAGUAAUGGAAUUAAAAGCUCCAAAAUGUG